UCAACCUUUCUUUCUUAGGAACGCAACAGACUCUCACUUUAUAGUAAAAGAAAAGAAAAGAGAAAAUGCAGAGCUUCAAAGCUGCAGCAACAACAGCUAACCCAGACAUGUUUUGCCACUCUUCCUUUUUUCUCAGAGGAGACGAUUGUAAUAGUUGCCACCAGACGCGUUUACCGGAUCUUGGAGAGCUUGAUCAUCCUGCUGUUGCUUUUCAUCACGAUGAUGCUGUUGAUUUAAGCUCAAGCUCCUUUUUUAGUUUAAAACCCAGCAAUGUUGCUAACAACUUGCACUAUGGCGCAUUGAACACGAGCAUCGGUGCAACCGAGAUAAUAUCCAGUGGAAUCAGGUGUUUGGAUACAGGGCAGUUCAUGUACCAGAAGGGGCCAACAUUUGGUGCCUCGUUGGGGAAUGAACAUAUCGAAAACUGGGCUGAUCCUGGCCUUGCCGAUAUUUGCCAGCAGACUGUCACUUCAACUGAUGUUGACACUGACCAUAAAAACCAGGUUCAUGGCGUUCAAGAUGGACCUAUAAUGGUGGAUUCAGUGGAUCAGUCCAAGUCAAAAUUUGGUGAUCAAAAGAUGCUUCGCAGGCUUGCUCAGAAUCGAGAAGCUGCAAGGAAGAGUAGAUUGAGGAAAAAGGCAUAUGUCCAGCAGCUCGAGAAUAAUCGACAUAGGCUCACGGAGCUAGAGCAAGAGCUUCAAAUGGCAAGACAGCAGGGUUCUUUUAUCACGACGAGACGUUCGGGGGACCAUGGUCAUUCAGCUAUGGGAAAUACGGCUCUGGCGUUUGACAUGGAAUAUGGUUGCUGGCUCAAUGAACAUCAACGACUGAUAAAUGACCUAAGAUCGGCAGUGAAUUCAAAUAUCGGGGAUAGUGAAUUAUGCAUUCUUGUAGGGGGUGUCAUGGCACAUUAUGAUGAAGUUUUCAGGUUGAAAAGCAUUGGUACCAAGGCAGAUGUAUUUCACAUGCUCUCUGGUAUGUGGAAAACACCUGCAGAGAGGUGUUUUAUGUGGUUGGGAGGAUUUCGUUCAUCUGAACUUCUAAAGAUCCUCGGAAACCACCUAGAGCCUUUGACAGACCAACAAUUGAUGGGCAUAUGUAAUCUGCAGCAGUCUUGUCAACAGGCUGAGGAUGCCUUAUCACAAGGAAUGGAAGCUUUGCAGCAAUCUCUUGUAGACACCCUCUCGUCCACAUGUUUAGGUCCUGCUGCUCCCGGAAACGUUGCAGAUUACAUGGGCCAGAUGGCAAUCGCAAUGGGAAAAAUUGUCACAUUGGAGAACUUCCUACACCAGGCCGACCUUUUAAGACAGCAAACUUUACAACAAAUGCAUCGAAUUUUAACCACUCGACAAGCAGCCCUGGCCCUACUAGUUAUUAGUGAUUACACUUCAAGACUCAGGGCUCUUAGCUCUUUAUGGUUAGCCCGACCUAGAAACUGAUUCUUUCAUUCCAUGCAAGCUCAUCUCGAUUUCA